AAAAAUCCUCCGUGCCGACAUGCGCACCCAGACCAGAUCAACCCAGACAGAGAACGAGCCCCAUUAGAGCGCCUCUGCGGGAUGAUGGAUGGUUGGUGUGCGAGACAUAGGCCGGGUGGCCACGUAGCGAUGGCUUGCUCUUCACGGUAAUGGCAAAGCACGCGAUGAGGAAGAGGGCGCUCGCGAAUAGGCAACCUUUGGAGGCUUUGGGAAGCUGAUGCUGGAGGAACAGAUUUGGGCCCAGAAGACGGCACCUGCGAAUAAGAGAGAGGCCCAGGGAGAUCGGCGAGCUUGACUUCAAAGCCCAUCCGCAGGAGACGAGCGUAGCAGAGCACAGCACAGCACACCAAAACCGAGAACAUUUGAUGGGUUUUUAUCUCGCUGCCUCUGCCAGUCAUUUCAGGAGUUUGUAAUCCAGUGAGUCGUUCACAUCGAGGAAAGGAGGCAUCCUUAUUUUAUUUCUUCGUUUUUCAUUCAUCAGUCUGCUCCACCAUUUUUUUCCGCACCUGUUUAAUUUUGCUGGUGUGCAAGUUGUCCGUGUCCGUGAUUGGGCAAACGGAGCAUCAUGGGUUUCCCUCAUCAGGGGUCGGGCUGAAGCGCUUCAUUUUUUGGGGAGGUGACUUCAGCUCACUCUCCCCCCUCGUGUCAUCUGUGUGCCCCUCCUCUAAAAGGAGGGGUGGGGGGAGGUGUCAUAUUAGGCCAGGUUAACCCCCUGCCCCUCCUGCACCCUUUGGAAGCCAUCCGAUACAGCGAGGCUGUCUUAAAACUCAACUCACUCUUGUCGACGUAGUAAGUCAGUCGGCACCUCCGCCCGGUGCCCAGCGCCCCCCUCUUCCUGCCCUCUGUGCCACCCUGAUGAAGUCGUGCCAGGCGGUCAAGGAAGGCGAGCCUCUACCGGGUGCAGACGGUGGCAUGUCCCAGGACGAGGCCUCCAGGACGACGACGACGACGACGCACCAGUCGCAGCCUACCGCCUUCUACCACCAUCACCCCGCCCCCUCAUCAGACAUCAGCCUGCCGAUUAAGCUCUUCAAGCGGGAGGGCGGGGGCAAACCCUACUCCGUACUGGUCGACAGCAAAAUGGCCUCCAAACCGCCGACUGGUGAGGCCGUUGUGGCCGUUGCCAUGCCCACCGUUACUGCUGCUGCCAACAUGGGCACCACCAUCACCACCACCACCACCACCAGCCCGUUUGCCCAGCAGCAGCAGUUCUUCCUGGAGGUGCCCAAAGAAGAGGCACUUCCCCUGGGCGGCCACAGCCAGAACGGGGGCUCCUCGGAGGACACGGAAGACGAGGAAGAGGAGGAGGAGGACGAUGACGACGAAGACUUCAAGGAGGAGGAUGAGGAGGAGCAGUUCAAACGGGCCCAGAUCAUCGUGGAGGUGAACCUGAACAAUCAGACGCUCAACGUCUCCAAGGGCGACAAGAGCGGAACAAGCACUGGUGGUGAGGACGGCAAAAUGAUCAGUGAGGAAGAGGAGGAGGAGGACGAAGAGGAGGAGGAGGAGGAGGAAGAGGACGAAGAAGAGGAAGAGAGUCCCUCAGAAGAAGAGGAGGAAGAAGAAGAAGAGGAGGAUGAGGAGGAGGAAGAGGAGAGCAUGAGCCGGACAAGGAGAGGUAAACGUGGCAGGCCACCAGGAAGUGGAGGUGGUGGAAGGAAGAGAACUCGGGUGCAGCCGAGCCGAAAGAGCCGGCGCGCGUCAGCCACGGCCACCGCAGCCGCCAGCGGCGCCACGCGCAUGACCACCAGAGGCCGACGCAAGACCACUGCCGCCGAGCCUCCGGCCAGGAAGCGCAAAGCGGGACGCGAACCCAAGUCCUCCUCCGGAGCGUCAGGCACCCACCUGAGCGACGUGAAGUCGGAGGCGGGCGAGACGGGCGAGCAGCGGGAGACGCUGGCGUGCGAGAAGUGCCCGCGGGUCUUCAACACGCGCUGGUACCUGGAGAAGCACAUGAACGUGACGCACCGGCGCAUGCAGAUCUGCGACAAGUGCGGCAAGAAGUUUGUGCUGGAGAGCGAGCUGGCACUGCACCAGCAGACAGACUGCGAGAAGAACAUCCAGUGUGUGACGUGUAAUAAGUCGUUUAAGAAGCUGUGGUCCCUGCACGAGCACAUCAAGAUUGUCCAUGGCUACGCCGAGAAGAAGUUCGCCUGUGAGAUUUGUGAGAAGAAGUUCUACACCAUGGCACAUGUGCGCAAACACAUGGUUGCCCACACUAAGGACAUGCCGUUCACAUGUGAGACGUGCGGGAAGUCCUUCAAGAGGAGCAUGUCUCUCAAGGUGCACUCGCUGCAGCACUCAGGAGAAAAACCCUUCCGCUGUGAGAACUGUGACGAGCGUUUCCAGUACAAGUACCAGCUGCGGUCCCACAUGAGCAUCCACAUCGGACACAAGCAGUUCAUGUGCCAGUGGUGCGGCAAGGACUUCAACAUGAAGCAGUACUUUGAUGAACACAUGAAGACACACACAGGGGAGAAGCCGUUCAUCUGCGAGAUCUGUGGCAAGAGCUUCACCAGCCGGCCCAACAUGAAGCGGCACCGCCGCACGCACACGGGCGAGAAGCCCUACCCCUGCGAGGUGUGCGGCCAGCGCUUCCGCUUCUCCAACAUGCUCAAGGCCCACAAGGAGAAGUGCUUCCGGGUCACCAGCCCCGCGCCCCUCAGCACCUGCCUGCAGCAGCAGCAGUCCGCCUCGCUGGCCUCCAUCCCGCUGCACCUGGCCUCCAUCUCCGUCCCCGGUGCCGUGGUCCCCGGCACUGCUCACCAGCUCAUCUCCACCGUGUCCUCUCUUCCGGUCGUGUCCUCCUCCUCCUCCACCACCACCGUCGCCGCCUCCUCGCCCGGCCUGGCCUCGGUGGGGCAGGGGCAGGUUCAGGUGCCCACUGUGGCAGUGAGUGUCGGGAGCACGGUGUCGUUGGGUAUGCUGGGAACCGGGGCCGUGGUGGGGGUGGGGCUGGGGCAGCCGCAGCAGCAGCAGCAGCAGAGGGUGGCUGGAGGUGGUGUCGUCGGUGGGACAGUAGGGGUCACCGGUGUGAGUUUAGCAGGUGUGAAUGUAGGCGUGGGUCACGGCUUCUCACACCUGCACCUCCAGCUGCCUCCUGCCACCCAGCAGCAGCAGCAGCAGCAACUUCAACUGCAGCAGCAGCAGCAACAGGUGGUGCCCGUCACUCACGCCCAGGUGUCGCUGCUGCCGCCGCCCCCCGCCCUCUUCAAGAGCGAGCCCAUCAACCACUGCGGCCAGGAGGAUGGCUACCUGCACCACCUGGGCCAGCCCGACAAGGGCACCGCCCCCGCCACGCCGCAGCCCGGGCAGCAGCAGCAGCAGCAGCACCACUGACUGGACCGGACUGGACUGCAAUGAACUCGACUGGGACUGAUGAGCCCUGAAGGACUUGGGACUACUGUGUGGCUCUCGCCAACUCAUACACAGAGACAGACACACACACGAGAUACAGACUUUCUCCCACAUUCACACACAGGCACAAACACAUCUCCAGAUGGACUUGACCACCGCCACUUGUGUUCCAGCUCAUGCACUUCUGGGGCUCCAUGCCCUGAUCCCUGCGGAGUGCCAAUGACAUUGACAGAAAAAGAUGACUCUCCUAGUCACACAAUAACACACACACACACACACACGCGCGCACCAGGGGUGGCACUCAAGUUUUUUCCCCACCAGUCACGGUGGCAGGUAGAUUUCAAAAUCUACCAGUCACUCACUGUUUUUGCCAGUCAGAGUGACUGGUGGGUUGUAAAAUGUACCAGUCACCACUGAAAUGUACCCGUCAUUGGCAGGUGGACGGGUGCUUAUUUCCAUCCCUCGCGCGCGCACACACACACACACACACACACACACACACACACACACACACGCAUGCACUCAUGCAUGUGCGCGCGCAUUCACACACACACACGCUCACACAAAAUACAAAAUACAUUGAAGCUCCUUUACUGACUUCCUUUUAUCCUCCUAAGAGGUAACCGUUUGCUCACUUGCUUAUGUGAGUAACAUGAUUGCUCUGUAAUGACUGUUGACAAUUAACACACACACACACACAUAAACACACUAGGGUGCAUCGCCCCCUAUGAAAAGAUAUUGCCUUGGCCCUGUAGUAAAAAUGCUCUACACCCAGUAAAAACACACUGUAAAAUAUUUUGAAAUUUGGAUGAAGUCUACCGGGGCCACCAGCCCCAUGAAAAUAGAAAAUAAUGGUGAUAGUCAAUAUUUUUACUAUAGGGCCAAGGCAAUAUUUUUUCAUAGGGGGCAUUUGAUGCACCCUAACACACACACAUAUACUGCACAUCCAUAGCCUACGUAUAGGCCUGAGCCUCACUAGCAUUAUAUCCACUGACACUGCUCACAACACAGGCUUACUCAUUUGGAAAAAAACGAGUUGCUCUUUACUAGUGAAACAGUACCUCUCCUCUGUAGUUCUCAAUAUCUCUCUCUCUCUCUCUCUCUCUCUCUCUCUCUCUCUCUCUCUCUCUCUCUCUCUCUCUCUCUCUCUCUCUCUCUCUCUCUCUCUCACUAAUGUCUACACACAGCUGCUGCUGCCUACCUAUGGUUGUACGGGUUACUCUUCUCUUCAAUCAGAAACAUGUGCCGUGGUUACAGAUGGCUACCUUGCCUUGACCUUUUGAUUUCCUGGUCCUGCCUCACAACAACUUACAACUACUCAAAUGAUUAAAACAAAAACCUCUCAA